AUGGCCGACGUCUUGGCCAUCCUGCCCCUCUUACUCUCGGCUAUUCGAGGUGCCUAUCUCUUGACCAACACAAUCAAGGGCAUGAAAAACCACCAGAACUCGCGUCGCAGGAUCCAACGGGUCGUGGACUGCCAAACCAUGAGGUUCACCAACCAGCUCUACAGGGUGUUUCGAGACUCCAAAUGCGACGGCAUCAUACUCCUGACCAGAGUUGAAGAUUUGUUUGUGUUUGAGCAAGAAAGAAACAUGCUGCCAGAGGAAGAGUCUGGAGUGGAGAUUGCCAUUCGAGGGCAUUUCAAGGAGCGACAAGAUGAGUUGCACCACAUCUUCAAGACCUUCAUUGAGGUGGCCAACCAAGCAAAUCAGACGCUGGAAAAUAUUUCCAGACAACGCAACUUGUCCAUGCAGCCGGUGCUAUUUGUUUGGGAAAGGUCUGGCCUCCAAGAGCUUGUGGAUGAGAUGAAGGAGCUGAACGAUUAUCUUGGCGAGAUGAUUGAAACUGCCAAACUUUCGAUGCCAGGCAAUUCGAAAAACCCAAUGUCUGCACCGCCAAGUUACCAAGAAUCCACAGCUUGCCUCGGCCUUAGGCAAUCCGCGGCUACCCUCGCAAAAAAGCUCGAGGAUGCAAGAAGCAACACCGUGGCGAUCCUCUCGAUGCUUCAAACCACUCCCACCUGCGCAGACCCCCGACACUCGGGCGACUCAACCCACAGUCUACAUCUCCUCAUCCGUUGCCUGCCGCCUCGUCAGGGGGAGCCGCGAAUUGCCGCUCUUCUACGCUACUUCACCAACGUCGAUUGUCUCCACUCGAGCACCGUGGCGUCUUUUGAGAUUGUGCGAAAGCUCUGCGUGCCAAAUCCUCCAAGCCCUCAAAUCCCCCUGGUGCGUGUCGAAAGCGGGCCACGACCCCCAUCCCCUCCCGAUUCACAAAUGGGCGCCGAAGAACGGCUUGCCAAGGCCCUGGAGGCCUCCGUGACGGAAGACCCGGCAAACCCAGCAGCCGAGGUGGACAUUUGUCAACAAGCAUCCAGCCCGGGCGAGAAGCAGAUUCGGAACGAGGGGCUUUGGAGCCUGGCCAUCAAUCCAACCGUCGAUUUCACUUUUGAAGACGCAGAGUUCCCGGCCAGUCCAAAGAGACUACGCCUGCACGGUUCCAACAUGUCCCUGGCUGGAUUGCUUCGGUUCCCCAAGUACGAGGUCGUCGGGGACCACCACCGCAUCGAGCUCGCCCUCCUGCUGAGCCGGGCGUUGCUCAAGUUCUACAACACGCAAUGCUGGCCCAGGGGAUGUCUCCUGUCCCACGUCAAGUUCUACACCGGUUCUGACGACCGAGACGCCGAUGGAAUCGACUUGGACGCAUGCCUCGACACUCUCCACAUCUCGGCAAAUCCCGUCAGGGAACAACCACUCAACAGUAGCGAUGACAACUACUUUGGUGACUUCCCAAGCGGGCUUUCCGACGAGCAGACCCGCAAGGUGCGCGACAAGCUCGGGAUCGAAAACUUGGAGUUGUACUGCCUAGGCGUGGCAAUUUUGCAAAUCGGGCUCUGGAAGCGAAUCCCCUGGGACGACGUGGAGCGGGUGCGCAGGAAAGCGAGGAAUCUCAACUACAUGGGAAACGCCUACUACGGACUGACCAAACGGCUGAUUGAUUGCACCUUUGAGCCGCCGGCGACACUUAGUAUGGAGAAGCUCAGGAUAUCGCUCGUCAAGCAUGUGGUGAAGGAGCUGGAGGCACUGCUGCGUAUAGUGAAAAGCAAGCAUUGGGUUGGUGGAGAAGAAUAG